AUGGCUCAACAAAGAGCUCAAGAAGCCAUGGAAUUGGAGCUUCCCUUUGAUGGAGGCGAGUGCAAAGUGUGGAAUUGCAAGGGCACUAUGAAGCCCUCUUUUCUAAAGCAUGUUAGUGCGUUGGUCCAUAACCAUAAUCUAGCUAUAAUGGUUGUAAUGGAAACUCGAAUUGGGGGUGGAAGGGCAAAACAAGUCACUAAUAGAAUGCCUUUUGACGGAGCUUAUCACACGGAGACUAUUGGCUAUGCUGGUGGUUUAUGGAUGCUCUGGAAUUCGGAUAGAGUGGAGGUGGUAGCGGGUGAUUUUAAUGAACCGCUUAUAGGUGAGGAUAAGUUUGGGGGUAGAGUAGUAAGUGUCAACAGAUCUUUGUUGUUUAAGGAAUGUCUGGAUAAGUGUAGUAUGAUAGACAUCGGUUUUUCUGGACCCCGAUUCACUUGGACUAACAGAAGGGAUCUUCAUGGCCUAAUACAAGAAAUGAUAGAUAGAUUUUUUGUGAAUCCUAGUUGGUGCCCGUUAUAUCCAGAAGCAAAAGUGGUGCAUCUUACUAGGUGCCACUCAGACCACUGUCCAGUUAUACUGGAGAUGCAGCAAGGAGGUGGUAGGGGGAGAAAUAGACCUUUUAAGUUCCAAACAUGUUGGCUGUCUAACCCUUCUUUUCCUACCAUUGUGUCACGGGCUUGGAGUCAAUCUGAAAUGCUAGUGGAUGCCAUUAGUAAGUUCAUUGAUGAGGCUACAAGGUGGAAUAGGAUGCACUUUGGAAAUGUCUUUAAUAGGAAGAAGAAUAUCAUGGCAAGGCUUAAUGGCAUCAAGCGAGCUCUAGCUAACAGGCCUUCAACUUUUUUCAUUAAUCUUGAAAAUAAGUUGCUUAAAGAGCUGGAGAUAGUGCUUAAUCAAGAGGAGGAGAUAUGGGCAUUAAAAUCUCAGGUAAAUUAG